UCUGCUAAAACCUUGUGAGCUUGAGGCUUCCUAGAGCUUUUCUAUCGCACCCAAUCUACCAAACACUAGUUCAAAGUGGUGCACCUGAUUUUUCUUUACUUGGAUUAAUAGUAAACGUAAAAAGCAGAACUAGUACAAGAAGACCCAAGAAAGUGAGGUUGGUCCGAAGUGGAGGCUGGGGGAUGACAACGUGUGGUUGGGGGUAAAAAGGACAGUUUUGAGUUGCAAAAAUUGCAUACUCACUGGAGCCAGCAGGCAGACAGAAAGCAAGGAGAAAGAGAUGCUUCAGAAUUUUCCAGCUCUGACAUAUACUCCAUGGCAGCCAUCUCCAAAUAAUUCCUGCUCCAAGUCUUUGCCAUGUGCUUGUCCCAGCGUGGUUGUAUAUAAGAAGUCACGGCAAGGGCCUUAUUUGCCUACUCUAAAGUUUGAUCGUAGAUAUCAUGCUACUGGUCCAAGAAGACGAGUAACCAUUUUUUGUACUGAUAGGAGGCAUCCCCAAGGUCGAAACUCUAAGAAACGUGAAGCUGUGCAGCAGAAUGUUGAUCUUCCCCCAGUCCUGCCCAAGAAAAAGAAGAAGCCCUAUCCCAUGCCUCUCAAGAAAAUUCAGCAGGCUGCUAGGGCUGAUAAGAAGUUGGCAGAAAUGGGAAUAGAAAAGAAGCUUGAACCCCCUAAAAAUGGAUUGCUUGUACCUGACCUAAUUCCGGUGGCUUAUGAAGUAUUGGAUGCUUGGAAACUUUUGAUUAAAGGACUUUCACAGCUUCUCCACUAUGUUCCUGUCCAUGCUUGUAGUGAAUGCUCACAAAUCCAUGUUGCUCAAAGUGGUAACGACAUUCAGGAUUGCCUUGGCCCGACCAACAGUAGUCGCAGAAGCUUCCACUCAUGGGUGAAGGGUUCAAUUAAUGAUGUGCUAAUUCCUAUCGAGUCAUACCAUAUGUAUGAUCCUUUUGGCACACGCAUUAAGCAUGAGACACGGUUCAAUUACGACAGAAUUCCGGCAGUUGUAGAACUUUGCAUCCAAGCUGGCGUGGAUCUGCCGGGAUAUCCUUCACGGAGAAGGACUAAACCCAUCAGAAUGAUGGGAAAGAAAGUGAUCGACAUAGGUGGAUUAGUUGAGGAGCCUAGACCCUCUGUAAACUCGAGUUCGGUAAUUAUGGACCUUGACACCCAUCGAUCUUUUGAACGGUUUACUCCACCAUUGGAGUCAGAGGUGCCACGUAUUGCCCAGGAGACAAUUGACGCAUAUGAGAAAGUGAAAUGGGGGGUGACUAGGUUGAUGAAGAAGUACACUGUCAAAGCUUGUGGAUACUGUUCAGAGGUCCAUGUGGGGCCAUGGGGUCACAAUGCGAAGCUCUGUGGGGAAUUUAAACACCAAUGGAGGGACGGAAAACAUGGCUGGCAAGAUGCAACAGUGGAUGAGGUAUUUCCCCCAAACUAUGUGUGGCAUGUUCGAGAUCCAAAAGGAACCCCUUUGAGGAGUGCACUAAAGAGGUUCUAUGGGAAGGCUCCAGCUGUGGUUGAAGUUUGUAUGCAGGCUGGUGCUCAAAUACCUCACAAGUAUAAGCCUAUGAUGAGGCUAGACAUUGUGCUCCCUGAGAGUGAAGAGAGUCGCCUAGCCGUGUAAGGUUCCUAACUGUUAUGCAGAGCCUAAUGUAUGCAGUGCUUGCUAUAUUAAGAUGUGUUAAAAAGUCUGCACCAAAAUAGAGCAGUCGCGAUAUUGCUGGAUCGGUUGAGUAACUGGUGAGGUUGCCGCUGUGUUUUGCCUUUGUAAAGUGAGGAUCAUGGCACCCAUUUCAACUUGGAAUAAUGUCCGCAUGAUAUAAUUCAAAAAGGUUCAAAUUUGGUAGGGCAUGCUUUUCUUUUUAGUUAACAGGUUUUGCAGAAGGAAAUUGGUGAUAUUAAGAAAUUAGAGUACAGUGGUGCAAGUUACCAAGGAUAGCUGCAAAUCACAUUGACAGUCAACUUGAAGUUCAGCUGUUAGUAAGUACAUUUAUGAGAUAGCCUCAACUAGUGAUCUGUAUUUAUGCCUUGAGGUUAGCUUGUUACAGUGUAAAAUUUCUGAAUUCAUCAAAUCAGGUCUUAAUCUUUCUACAUUAUUUAAACUUCAUAGUUCAUAAAAUUCCAUCCGGUAGUUGUGAGUUUCUCCUAGGGUUACCAGUAGUACUAGUAAUAUUCUUAAUAUUCUUGUUGCCGGUUGAAAGAUAUUUUCUUCUUGUUUGUUAUUAUAUCUGGUACUUGGCAGUCAAGUCCACUAUUUUUGUGAAUUGCUACUAGAAAUUGUUGCUU